CCAUUUUUAGUUUUUCGCAGUCACAUCGACUUGAGAGAGUUGUUGCUGAAACAGUGAGUGAGCCUGCGGGGAAGGAGAACAUCGUGAUGGAUGUUAUCAAGACACAGCAGAUUUCGGCAAGACCGAUCGAGAAGGUUAUAGUUCACCCUCUCGUUCUUCUCAGUAUAGUUGAUAAUUACAAUAGAGUCGCUUGGGAUACUCGGAAGCGCGUUAUUGGUGUUUUACUCGGGAGUUCCUCGAAAGGAACUGUUGAUGUCACCAACAGCUAUGCAGUGCCUUUCGAAGAAGAUGAUAAGGACCCAAACAUCUGGUUUCUUGACCACAACUACCAUGAAUCAAUGUUUUCUAUGUUCAAGAGAAUAAAUGCCAAGGAGCAUGUUGUCGGUUGGUACAGUACAGGUCCAAAACUGCGGGAAAAUGACUUGGAUAUUCACGUAUUAUUCCAUGACUAUGUUCCAAAUCCUGUCUUGGUCAUUAUUGACGUCCAACCAAAGGAACUGGGAAUACCCACCAAAGCUUACUAUGCCGUUGAAGAGGUUAAGGAAAAUGCAACUCAGAAAAGCCAGAAGGUGUUUGUGCACGUGCCUUCUGAAAUUGCUGCUCAUGAAGUAGAGGAAAUCGGAGUUGAGCAUUUGCUCAGGGAUGUCAAGGAUACAACGAUUAGCACCCUUGCAACAGAGGUUACAGGGAAACUUGCAGCUUUGAAGGGCCUGGAUGCACGACUCCGAGAGAUACGUGCCUAUCUCGAUCUUGUUGUUGAUGGAAAACUCCCCUUAAAUCAUGAAAUUCUGUAUCAUCUACAGGAUGUAUUCAACCUUAUUCCAAAUCUCAAUGUGGCCGAGUUAAUCAAGUCUUUUGCAGUGAAGACAAAUGAUAUGAUGUUGGUUAUUUAUCUUUCUUCCCUCAUCCGGAGUGUAAUUGCUCUCCAUAACCUGAUAAACAACAAGAUGCUUAACAAAGAACAUGAGAAAGCUGAAGAUGCAAAGCCGGCAACUAUACCAGCUGCAGCUGGGAGCUGAAAACAGGGUCUCCCAUGCUCUCAGAUUUCUUCUUGCCAUAGACCUCAUUCUUCAGGUGCACAGAGUACCUAUUAUUUUCCCCGGUGGAUUCACCCUCAUAUCUGAGCGGGACUAGAGGGAGCAUGGAUCUUAAUCUAUUAGUAGAUCCAUCACUCUUUGAUUUUCAUUUCUUCUCUCUUUUUUGAAUUUUUUUUUUAUGUAUUUCUGUUAUGUUUAGUAACAUU